AUGUCCUACGACGCGGACAACGCCCCACAGGACUGGCUCGAGGCCCACGAGCGCUUCCGCGACGCCGUCGCUCCGCACGUGCCGGCCCUCCUGCCGAGCGGCGCGUCCUCGGACGACGAGACGGUAGUCGAGGAGCUCUUGAGUAGAGAUUGGUGGCUGCAGACUAUGUCACGGAUCCACCCAAACGCCUUCCGCGUCGACCGAGCGCCGCCCGUGCGCGCCGGCGACUCCCCGCUGGCGUCCGGGGGCCUCUCGAUGGACGACCUCGCAGCGCUGGCGUCAGCAGCGGUGGGCUCGGCCUUCAGGGGGUCGCUCGGGAAGGCCGGCAGCGCGGUGUUCUUUCUGCCGUCGUUCUUCAACCACGAGUGCGAGCCGAACGUGGACGUCCAGUUCCCCGAGGGCGGCGCGCCGAUCCGCCUGGUCACGCGGCGCAGCGUGGAGCCGGGGGAGGAGUUGACCAUCACGUACAUCGACUCGAGGGCCCCUGCGGCUGUGCGCCGGGACGCGCUGAUGCGCGGGUACGGGUUCCGGUGCGCGUGCUGGGCGUGCCUGAUGGAGGACGCGGAGGGCGGCUCCAGCGCCGCGCAGGCAGACUCGUCGCUCACCUGA